AUGGUGACACGUUGCCGUGGAGCGGAGGUUUCGAAAGAAAGCAAAUAAAGUGGUCGUCGUGCAAAACUGAAGUUAUUUUGUAGUUUUAUACAGUAAAAGCGACAUAUAUAAACCCCAAGUUAUAAUAGUGUAAUAUUUUAAUGGCUUUGACGUAAAGAGCCGGAGCACAACAAGGUCGUAUUGCGGCGGUAAGUGUCGUAAAGUCUUCUUUACGCCAGACGGACACUAAAGCAGCGCUACAGAGUCCACGUGAGUGCAGACUGGCUCAAAGUCACAUUUUUUGGAGCUGCUUUUGGGGCAAUCUUUUCCGAUCGGGAUGCUCUACCUGAUCGGGUUGGGUCUGGGGGACGCCACCGACAUCACAGUGAAAGGUCUGCAGGCCUUGAGGAAGUGUUCCCGGGUCUACUUGGAGGCCUACACCUCCGUGCUCACUGUGGGCAAGGAAGCUUUGGAGGAGUACUACGGCAAGGAGCUGAUCCUGGCCGACAGGGAUCUGGUGGAGCAGGAAGCUGACGAGAUCCUUAAGGACGCUAAAGAGACCGACAUAGCCUUUCUGGUGGUGGGAGACCCUUUCGGCGCUACCACUCACAGUGACCUGGUCCUCAGAGCGGUGCAUGCUGGGAUACCAUAUCGGGUCAUCCACAAUGCCUCCAUCAUGAACGCGGUUGGCUGCUGUGGCCUGCAGCUGUACAACUUUGGGGAGACGGUUUCCGUGGUCUUCUGGACGGACACGUGGAAACCCGAAAGCUUCUACGACAAAAUCUGCAAAAACCGAUCAGCUGGACUGCACACUCUUUGUUUACUCGAUCUCAAAGUGAAGGAACAGUCAGUGGAGAACAUGAUGAGAGGGAAGAAGAUCUACGAGCCUCCCCGCUUCAUGAGCGUGUCGCAGGCGGCCAACCAGAUGGUCCAGAUCGUCCAGAGGAGGCGGGAGCAGGGGGAGGAGCUUGGCGGUGUGACGGAGGACACGGUGUGCGUAGGCGUGGCCCGGCUCGGCGCUGACGACCAGAAGAUCUGCACGGCCACGUUGGGUCAGUUGGUGUCAUGUGACCUCGGCGCGCCGCUCCAUUCGCUGGUAGUCACCGGCAAGCUCCACCCCCUGGAGGUGGACAUGUUACGGCUCAAUGCUCAACCGGACGCACUGCGGCACCUGAGCACGGAGGACGGCUCGUAGCACACACAAAACACACAUAAAGGUUAUCAUUUGGACAGAGCACCAGGUUUUUGUUCAGUACUUGUGGGGACCACCCUUUCUACAGGUUGUGGAGGCAUAAAAAAAAAAAACUAGGUCAAAUGUCCAAUGCCUAGUUAGUUCAUACAGGUCUUUAAAUCUCUGGAUUGGUGAAGUAAUGUGCUGAUCAUUCUUACUGGGGACAAAAAGAGUUAAUAUGGUUCAUGGGGACCAAAUUUAAAUAAUUUUCCAUACCGUAUUUCCUUGAAUUGCCGCCGGGUAUAUGGUAUGCGCCUGCCUAGAAUUACUGCCGGGUCAAACUUGUUUCGCAAAAUAUUAUUUUUAGUAGCGCAUGUCUAGAAUUUCUGCCGGGUCAAACUCGUUUCGCAAAAUAAUUAGCAUAUGCCUAGAAUUUCCGCCGGGUCAAACUCGUCACGUCACGAGUGACACUUCACCUGUCAUCAUUUUUAAAAUGGAGGUUGAUUUCAAUAAUUUGAAAUCGAAUAAUAGGAAGAAGAUUAAGAGCUAUUCAGUAGGAUUUAAGGUCCAAGCUAUUGAAUAUGCUAAAAAGAACAGUAAGGAGCUAUUUUUUAUUAAUAUACCGUAGCUGCGUGUGUCAAAUAUGAGUCAUUAAAUGACUCCCGCCUCCUGGUGGUAGAGGGCGCUAGUGAUCCUUCUUGCGACUACUCUGCUGCAGAAGAAGUGACAACAAGCAGCAAAAGUGAGCAGCGAUCUUUUUUUUUUCCCUCUCGUUUGCACUUUUUACAUGGAGGAUUACAUAUCUAAAAUAAAAACGGUUUUCUAAACUGGACUUUCAAUCGAAGCAGGAGGUAAUAAAGGAAGAUUUCCAUCGAGACAGAGAGACUUUUAAAACUGAAGAAAAAUAAGGAAGACUUCUAUAAACAAGUUAUCGAUGCUUUUGAUCAGAAGGAGCUGGCAUGGACUAUAUAAGUAAAGGUAAGACCAUAGUAACGUUUUUAUUAAAUGUGCUUUUCAUGAUGGUAUCCUUACAUCACACUCGGAAUUUUUAAGCGCAGGCCUAAAUUUACCUAAUGCCUUUGGUAAGUGCCGGAGUGAGAAGAGGGUUUUAAAUUAAUUAGCGCCCCCGGCGGCAAUUCAAGGAAAUAUGGUAAUUUACACAAAUUUGUACGUGACUACUAACCAUUACAAAAAAUUAAAUAAAUAAAAAAAGUUUAAAUAUGACACGAUCCUCAGAAUUAUUUAAAAAGAUUUCCCUUUAGGGGACCUGUUUUUUUUUAGUCCCCAUACCGUCAGAAGUUCCCUAAAGCUGACUUUGUAAACAGAGCAAUGUCCCCAUUAAGUCAGAAUUGCCAGAACACACGCGCGCGCACACACACGCACACGUACACACGCACACACACAUACACUAGAAAAACUGAGUCAUUCUGUGACAUCCACUCCUUCCUCCUCAAAACAGGAAGUGAGCCAAAUAACUUCAAAAUAAAGCCAGUCUUCUUUAA